AUGAAUGUACGACCAGCUACUCAUGCUGGUUCAUGGUACAGCAAUGAUCCAAGAGUCCUCAAAAAUCAAAUACAAAAUUAUGCCACUCCCAAUCCAAUUAAGGGGGCAAGAAUAUUAAUUGGACCACAUGCUGGAUACACUUAUUCUGGAGAAAGAUUAGCAGAAACGUUUGGAGUUUGGGAUUCAACUUCAGCUAAAAGAAUAUUCUUAUUAGGACCAUCACAUCAUGUUUAUUUUAAAAACAAUGUGUUACUUUCACCAUUUGACGCUUAUCAAACACCAUUUGGAGAUUUACCAGUUGACACCGCCACCAUUAAAGAAUUAUUAAAGAAUAAAACAUUUAAAUUAAUGUCAGAAGAAGUAGAUGAAGAUGAACAUUCAUUUGAAAUGCAUGCACCUUUCAUAUAUCAUCAAGGUCAUAAAUCAGGUAAUUUACCAAAAAUUAUACCAAUUUUAAUUAGUGGUUUAGAUUUAAAUUUACAAAAAAAUUUAGUUGAAGCGUUAUAUCCGUAUUUAUCAAAUGAAGAAAAUCAUUUUGUUAUAAGUUCUGAUUUUUGUCAUUGGGGUUCAAGAUUUGGUUAUACUAAAGUAAUUUCAAAUAAAGAUGUUACAUUUGAUAAUAUUGAUCAGAAUUUAACAUCACUCAAGUAUAAACCAAAAGAUAUAGAAAUUUAUAAAUCGAUUGAAUUAUUAGAUAAAUUGGCUUUAAGUAUAGCAUCUGAAGGAUCUUCACAAAAAUGGAUUGAAUAUAUAAAUACAACUGGUAAUACAAUUUGCGGGCAAAAACCAGUUUCAAUUAUUUUACAACUUUUAGAAAAAUAUGGUAGUGAAGAAGGAUUCAACUGGAUUGGAUAUUCACAAAGUAAUCAAGCCAAAUAUUCAAGAGAUAGUAGUGUUUCUUAUGCUUCAGGAUAUGUUAAAUUAUAA